GCAGCUGUUUAAAAACACGAGGUGGGGACAGUCACUAUAUUGCGGAGUCUAUGUAGAUCCUUGCGUUUUCCUCACCGCCGGGGCAGGAGGGAGACGAGAAGCCGAGGAAGUCAUGUGAGCCCGGCUAGUGUCACCUGACAAGGAGGAGGAAGUCAUUCCAGCUACCCCGACCUCCUCGAGCCUUGUCUUAAUCAUGCUCUCUCGCCUGCUGAAGGAGCACCAAGCAAAACAAAAUGAGAGGAAGGAGCUGCAAGAUCGGCGGCGCCGAGAGGCCAUUGCCGCAGCCACUUGUUUAACAGAAGCUCUAGUGGACCACCUGAAUGUAGGGGUUGCAGAGGCCUAUGUGAACCAGAGGAAGCUGGACCAUGAAGUGAAGACGUUGCAAAUCCAGGCUGCUCAGUUUGCCAAGCAGACAGGCCAGUGGAUUAGCAUGGUGGAGAACUUCAACCAAGCUCUUAAGGAGAUUGGUGAUGUUGAAAACUGGGCACGGAGCAUCGAGAUGGACAUGCGAACCAUUGCCACAGCCUUGGAAUAUGUUCACAAAGGGCAGCUGCAGCCCUCCACCUCCUGAUGCAAGAGAGUCCCUCUUGGUCUUUUUGCUGCCUGCACCACUUGGGUUCCUGUCCCUAACGGCACAAGAGAGGCAACUUCUUUCAUGCCAUAGUUGCCUGCUGGGGGCCAGUAGAAUGGCAAGUUCUUUAUUUAAACUUCCCUGGCUGCCUUUUUGCAGCAGCGAAUGAGCACUUUCCCCAUCUGCUGCAAGGGGUGUUGUUGGGCUGUAAUUCCAUAGCUUUGGGCUUCUACCUGUGCUCCUGCUGAGCCCAGUGUGAAUGGUACUUUGUGAAUCGAAACCAGAUAGCCACAAGGUGAGAAGGAAAGAACACCGUGAUGGGAGAGAACGGGUCAUGCCAAUUUUGGACCAGCUUAUCUUGAUCCGUAUUGUGAAAUUACAGAACUGAAUAAAACACAUGGUUGAAA